CAUUUCAAUCGGUAACGUUAUCACAAACGGUUACGGCUAUCGUUGUUGUGCAACCGAAUCGUUGAAUCGUCCAACUGUGAAUCAUUGUUUGGCGGCAGCCCGACGUCGUCGCCUCCAAGUUAAUAAGCGCGUUUUUUUUUUUUUAUUAUUCGUACGGCAACAAUGAAGCGCGUUCACCGCGAUGAUAAUAAUUAUUGAUCAAUUAAUAACACUAUCGCUGUUGUCCACCGUAUCGGAUUAAUCGACUUACGCCAAUUAUUAUUAUUCGAGUUCGUUGCUUUCGCGUUAUCUGAUCGAUUUUCCCGAAUCGCAAUUAUUACGUUCGUUUUCAUUACUCUACUGUUACCUUCAUCAGUCCGACCGUUCAAUGUUUUUCGCCGCUCGACUGCUCGGAUGGUCAUCUUGGUCCGCGUCGUCGAUCAUCUGUUCCCACUGUUGUCAGACAUUCACCGGUCUUCGCAAACAUUGUAGCAGCACCACAAAAAAACCUGUUCGUUCAAAAAUGUCGUUGCCUCACAUACCCGAUGUCAGCAGCGUCUCGCCGCGAGUACUGCGUGUCCUGGGAUGCAAUCCUGGAUUCAUGACGCUGCAGGGCACAAACACAUAUGUGAUCGGAACAGGCCAAAGACGUAUAUUGAUUGAUACAGGAGAGCCAAAUUUUCCUGACUACAUAAAAAAUCUUCAAAAAACUAUGAUUGAACAUAAUUUUCAGUUUGAUCAUAUCAUCAUAACACAUCGACAUAAGGAUCAUAUUGGUGGUGUUAAUAAUGUAUUGGAUAUGAUCACCAAUAAAAAUGAAUGUAAAGUUUGGAAGUUUAAUCCUAAAGAAGAUAAGAAACGUGAAUAUAACUUUCCAUUAAAUUUUUUGGAAAAUAAACAAACAUUUGUAAUUGAAGGUGCUACUCUAAUAAUUCAUCAUACUCCUGGACAUACAACUGAUCAUAUAAUUCUUACUUUAGAAGAGGAUAAUUCUUUAUUUUCUGCGGAUUGUGUACUUGGAGAAGGAACAACAGUAUUUGAAGAUUUAAAUGAAUAUUUAAAUUCAUUAAAUUUAAUUUUAGAACUAAAGCCAACUGUUAUUUUUCCCGGUCAUGGAUCUGUUAUAAAUGAUCCAAUUGUUCGGGUAAAUAAUUAUAUACGACAUAGAUUGGAAAGAGAAGUUGAAAUACUUAACUUAUUCAAUAAAAGUCCUGAUACAUCAUUCUCGAUUGAAGAUAUUAUGAGUACUAUAUAUCAGUGCUUCUCUGAUAAUCAUAAAGAAGCUGCAUCUUAUGUUAUUGAACGUCAUCUUCAUAAAUUAACAAAAGAUGGUAAAUUAAUUCAAAUCAAUGACAAAUGGAAAGUUGAAAAUAAAUCAAAUCUAUUAUAAAAGUAUAC